GCCCAGGAGCAGAGUGUGUGUGUGUGUGAGAGAGAGAGAGAGAGAGGGAGACACAGGAAAAGUUUCCCAAAUGGAUUUCUUUCGAGGAGUCAGACCUUUAUUAUUUUCUUAUGUACUCAUUAACGGUAUACUUAUCACAUUGCAGUCUAAAGAGGAGGUUCUAUUGGAUAUGAGGGCAACAGAAGGUGAACUGGGCUGGCUGACAUGGCCCUUAGGUCAGGGAGACAAACCCGGGUGGGAGGUCGUCCAGAGGACUCUGAACGGCUCCCAGCUCUACACCUACUCCAUCUGCAAUGUGGGGGAACGUGACCAGGACAAUUGGCUGCGCACCACCUUCAUCCAGAGGCGUCCAUCGGCUUCGCGGGUUUUCGUUGAAAUCCAGUUUAUUGUACGUGACUGCAACUCGUUUGACGGUGCCUCGCUGACCUGCAAAGAAACCUUCAACCUCUUUACAUCUGAGUCGGACGCAGACGUGGGCACUACCUUCCGGAAGGGCCAGUUUAAGAAAGUGGCCACCAUUGCUCCCGACGAGAUCACUGGCAAAAACGAACUACGAAUCAACACGGAGACCAAAGUGGUGGAAAACCUGUCUCGAAAAGGCUUCUACUUGGCUUUUCAAGACAUUGGAGCCUGCGUUGCUCUCCUCUCUGUCAGGGUCUACUACAAAACGUGUGCAUCCACAGUGAAGAGUCUCGCGUCAUUCCCUGAGACCGUGGCAGGAGGUGAAAACCAGGCUCUUAGGGAAGUGAGUGGGGUCUGUGUGGAUAACGCAGUCAGCGAGGAGCAGCCUCGCAUCUACUGCACCGUGGAUGGAGAGUGGGUGGUGCCAGUUGGACAGUGUCAGUGCAGACCAGGCUAUGAAGAGGUCAAAGAUACGUGUCAAGAGUGUCAGCCUGGCUUCUUCAAAGCCGAUGCUCUCAGUGACAAGUGUGAACAGUGUCCUACCAACACCCAGAGGCUCGACUCCGGGGCUUUGUUCUGUCCCUGCAAGGAUGGAUUCUACAGAGCCCCAACCGAUCCCCCUACUGGACCCUGCUCAGGUCUUCCCUCUGCCCCGCGGGACCUCGUGGCCACCACCACCCAGCUCUCAGCAGGAAAACUCCUCCUCUCUUGGAGUCCACCAGAAGACACCGGAGGACGAACUGACGUCACCUACAGUGUUGAAUGCCAGCGCUGCGAGGGUAUAGUGUGCCAGGCCUGCGGAGAGAAAAUCCGCUAUGAGCCCAGCAGCUCGGGCCUGACUGACACCAAGGUUUCAGUGAGCGAGCUGGAUGCUCACCUCAACUACACCUUCACCGUGGAGGCACACAGUGGCGUGACGCUGUCCGCCAGUCAGCCACCAUCCACCAGUGCCCUGACUACGUUUCUGCACUACACAGAUCCUCCCAAGUUAACCUCUAUGAGACUGGUUGAUAGGACCCCCACCAGCUUGUCCCUCUCCUGGGACGUAUCACCCCGACCACGGAUCCAGCCUCAGCCCAUCCGCUACGAACUGACCUAUCGCAAGAAGGGUGACAACCUGGAUGUGACUACCUACGUCGUGCACAUGCUGGAGAAGAACUCUGUACAGAUCAGCGAACUGGCCCCCGGCACAGCGUACCUGUUCAGGGUGCAGGCCCUCAGCAGCGACGGCAGCGCCGGGGCCUCCAGCAUCGAGGAACAGUUUGAGACCUCUUCUGAAGCAGGACACCCUACCCCGAACACAGCAGUGGUUUUGGCUGCAGCAGUUGGAGGAGCGGCCAUGUUGUUCAUAGUGGUCGUGGUCCUGUUCCUACGCAGACGGAAAAGAAACUCUCACACCAGACAAGGACCAGAGGACACCUACUUCUCCAGCUCAGAGCAAUUGAAGCCUCUGAAGACCUACGUGGAUCCACACACAUACGAGGACCCCAACAUAGCCGUGCUGAAGUUUGCUACUGAAAUCCAACCCAGCCACAUAACCAAACAGAAAGUCAUUGGAGCUGGGGAGUUUGGAGAGGUGUACCGUGGUAUUCUGAAGGUGCCGGGGAGGAAAGAGGUGGCGGUGGCUAUCAAGACCCUGAAGCCAGGCUACACGGAGAAGCAGAGGCAGGACUUUCUGAGCGAGGCCUCCAUCAUGGGACAGUUUUCCCACCAGAACAUUAUUCGGUUGGAGGGGGUGGUCACCAAAUGUAAGGAUUUCUUUAAACAUGCCAUGAUCGUGACUGAAUACAUGGAGAAUGGAGCACUGGACAGGUACCUGAAGGACCACGAUGGCGAGAUUCCUUCCUUCCAGCUCGUGGGCAUGCUGCGUGGCAUUGCUGCAGGCAUGAAGUACCUCUCUGACAUGAGCUACGUCCACCGGGACCUGGCUGCCCGCAACAUCCUCGUCAACAACACCCUGGAGUGUAAAGUGUCAGACUUCGGCCUGUCCCGUGUGCUGGAGGACGACCCUGAGGGGACGUACACCACCAGUGGAGGCAAGAUCCCCAUUCGCUGGACUGCUCCAGAGGCAAUAGCAUACAGGAAGUUCACCUCAGCUAGUGAUGUGUGGAGCUUUGGCAUCGUCAUGUGGGAGGUCAUGGCUUUUGGCGAAAGGCCUUACUGGGACAUGAGUAACCAUGAGGUCAUGAAAGCGAUCAACGAGGCCUUUAGGCUGCCGGCGCCUAUGGACUGCCCCUCAACCGUUUACCAGCUGAUGCUGCAGUGUUGGCUGCAGGAUCGCUCCAAGAGGCCACGUUUCGGAGACAUUGUCAGCCUGCUGGACAAGUUGCUGCGCAGCCCAGACUCCCUGAAGACUAUCGCAGACUUUGACCCACGUGUAUCAAUCCGCCUGCCCAGCACCAGCGGUUCGGACGGCUCCCCCUUCAGGUCGGUGUCUGAAUGGCUGGAGUCCAUCAAGAUGAACCAGUACAGUGAGAACUUCACAUGCGCUGGGAUCAUCACCAUGGACCAGGUCCUCCAGAUGAAGAACGAGGAUAUUAAGAACAUCGGGGUGAGGCUUCCUGGCCAUUUGAAGAGAAUUGCCUACAGCAUAUUGGGUUUAAAGGACCAGACGAGCACCCUGAGCGUGUUUGCAGUGUGAUCGUGUCGACGAAGGGAAUUAAAAUCGGGCACUGAAGCAGGCAGCCCUUUGAACUCUACGCUGAGCUGGAGCGACUCUGCAGGGACGGCGCUGGAUCUGCAAAACCAAGAGGGAUAUCAGCCCAUCCUCUGGGGCCGGCCGAAUCAGAAUGAUUUUUAUGAUUUCUUCAUCUUGUCCACAUGGGAAUGGAGCAAAUUAUACAACGGCAGUAGAUGACUCGAUUAGACUCUGUAUAUUUAGAUAUCUAUUUUUAUUACCCAUGUCUUCUGUACAGAUACAAUUCAGUGCAAAUGAAUUCAUUAUUUUUUCAAUCAUCAAUCCAGUUGUGGGACCAGCUACAGUAUAGGCCCUGAGCUCGUUCCCUCCAGUGUCUAACAAACAAGGGAGGCGCAGUCAGGGUGAUGGUAGGGGUACAGUGGAAUCCAGUCUGUGGUCAGUGCUGAUGUCAUGGCGUCUCCCUUUAAUUGGCCCUUUUUGGUCCCUUUCCCGUUAGACCAAUGAGGACGGAGCGCCAGGAGGGCUGAGAUGAGCUUGAGUUGGCCCAGAUUUAAAGAGACCUGUCGUUAGGUGUGUGAACACAGACCGACCUGGUGUUGUUUCUGGACCUUCUACUGGCUCUGUGCAGAAAUUAAGCUAUAAUCAAAUAAGUGGUGUUAGAAUAUAUAUGAGGUACUCUUUUUGUACAGAUUCACUGUUUUCCUUUUUUCUUUGUGUUUGGGUAGACACCCCCACAAAAAAACAUUGCGAUUAGGACCUAAUAAUGUAGCACUUGGAUCAAGAAUUUUGUGAUCUCUUUUCGUUUUGUCUCAGAAUUGCAAGAAAAAUGACAAAAAAAAACUCCUGAACUAAAGGAACGGUAUCAACAGCUGUUUUCAGACAUGAACUCCGGGGAAUGUCCUCACGAUUGGGAUGCAGACUUUCUCCGGAGUUUGACUUUUAAACAUGAUCAACGCAGCAGGAGGUUCUCGGCUCAGAUGUGCUCACUACAACACAGAAACUCUGGAGGUGGGGGCUGUGCAGCAGGAGGUAAUGUCGGAUAUCAUGUGUUUUUGCUCACAACACAUCAACACCGACGUCGCUUCUAGUAACCAAAAACUCUCUUGACCUCUUCAUUGGCGUCUACUGCUUUUAUCUUGAGAUAUUUGUAUUCUUUUUGUAUUCUGUUGUGUGCUAGAAAUGUCAUCAACCCCCCCCCCCCCCCCCCCCCUGUUUUCUCACAUCAGGUUUUUCAGACAUUACCCAAAGGUUUUACUAGGGGGCUGGCAGGAGAAAUUCCUCACAUACAGCCCAUCCAGCGAAUUUCCCGGAGAUUAUCAGGAGUUCAGUGCUUGUCUGAGAGCAGCUGAAGUGCGAAAUUCGACAAGUUUCAAUUAGAGUGCAGCACAUGUGUUAGCAUGCCGGUAAUGAAGAGGCAGAUGAGGAAGUUUACCGCCAGUAGAAAAAGAAAGAAAAACCUCACAAUGACUUUUGUUGUGGUUGAAAUGAUUUCAUACUUAAUAAUCGUUUUGGUUUUGCAAUUUCAAUGUAAAUGUUUUAGAAGCUUCUCAUACUUCUUUUCGGAUGAGUGGAUGAAACUAAACAGACAUUUUCUCUGUAAGCUUUGACAAUAAAGACAUUUAGAGUUUUUGAAGACAUUUUGAGGAGUGUGUGUGGGAGCAGGAGUCUACUCCCACACAAGACUCAACCCCCCCCCCCCCCUCUUCUCUUAAUUGAUGACUGCAAAUCGUUGUGUUACUGAAGCGCACCUUCCUUUACUUGAAUUUUUAAUUUGUUUUCAAUUGUAUCUUUGAUUUUAUUUUAGCUGAUAGACCCAUCUUCGGAUAAGGGAUUUUGUUUUCUGCUUUAAUGGUUGCAAUUACACUUUGUACAUUUUGUAUGAUUUCACUAUUUGCCGUAUAACUCAACUGAAUAUUUUUGUAUGUUCUUCCCAUCACCUUCCUCCAAAGAGAUGUAACUUACUUCUGCUGUCUUUCCAAACAUUUUGAGAGUUCCCUCAUCAAAGAGCAAACUUUUUUUUUUUCCCCUGUUGUUUUAUACUGUAUUUAAUAGUCUAUUUAUUUUUUACUUUUAUUUAUUUAUCCUGAUAAACACUGAGCUGGGAUUAUAACUGAAGGUUGCUCUCUCUCUCUCAUUCUUAAUAAUAAUAAUAAUAAAAAAAUCUUAAAUGUCCAUUUAUUGCGCAGUUAUUCACCUGACAUUGCCUUUGGUGCACUUGUUGAGCAAUAAAGCCUUAAAUGAAA